AUGAAAGAAAUAGGUAACCCUUUUCAAGAGGACAGUCCUGAUCUGUUUGUAUUAGAUACAAGAGAUAUUGUAGACAGUCGAGUAGUUUUGUCAGUAAAAACUGUUGAAGAGCAACAAGAGAAACUUCACCAUGUUGAUUUAGUCUGGGAUGUCUAUAUCAGUGACAGCCUGAAGUCAGCCACUUGGCAGAAAAGAGGAAGUGGUGUAAGGCGACGUGUGACAGGUACAACACAGGUGCCACAGAAUUGGAGUUCGUUUUUGCAAGAUGAAAACAGUAAGAAAGAACUAUUUGACUUUCCUUACAAACAAGCUAUGAUUAUGUGUAUGAGGGCUGGAACAGAGCUGUAUGUGACUGAUGAUGAAAAUAUUCUGAGCUCUGAAGAUGAAGACCUUAGCAACCUGUCUCCCUGCAGGCAUGAAGAAACAGACUCAAGAAUGAUUGUGCAUGCAGCUGAUGCCGCCAGCAAAGGCAGCAGGAAGAUUAUAAUUAGAACUGUAGAUACCGAUGUGGUCAUUCUAGCAAUUGCAUUUUUUGAAAGGCCGAGUGUUGAUAUGUUAUGGAUUGCGUUUGGGACAGCAAACACCUUCCACUACAUAUCCAUACAUGAAAUUGUUGGUAUCAUUGUAAGUCAAAAAGCUCAAUUCUGUGGAAAGGGUAAGAAAUCAGCCUGGGAUGUAUGGAAGGUUUUUUCUGAAGUUACAUCUGCAUUUCUCGGAAAAUCAUCACCCGGCAAUGGCAUAUCAGCCAAUGUUCAUGCUCGCUCGAGAGUUAGAGGUGGUCGACGUCGUGACUGGGAGCGGGUCAGACACUCAGUCUGGUUGACGCAGUCGGCGAGGGAGGUAGCAGUGAUGACGGCGCCAGUUGUUGCCUCCACCCAAACCAAAGGUUGUAAUAAUGAGUCCACAGUUUGUCCAUGUGGCAAGAUGUCUCCCGUGCAUCCUAUUGUUGGCUUGGUGUUGGUCACCACCUACUGGCUCCUGCUGUGUGUCGGGCUUGUUGGCUUGUGGAUGGUGAUGACCGCUUUCGGGACUGGUGAAGAUCACUUGCCACCACCACCUCCAGUGUUCGUCCCCGCCACCACCCCGGAGCCUUACGUCGAGCAGUACACACAGUAUGGUCACAGACACACGCAGGACUCGAUCAGCCGGGAGGAGGAUCAGGUGUACCAGCAAUACGUCUCUGACACUUACCGCCAUGCCAACUACGGCCUAGACCCGCGGCUCUACCUGGUGUUGCCCUGUGGCGCCUGUGUCGUGGCUGCCGGGGUGCUGGCGAUGGCUGGCAUCUUCUCCAUGGCGGUCUUCUCCACCACCGCUAGUCUGCACACCUCGGCCGUGUUGUGGGUGUUGACCCUGGCGACCACGCUGGUAUACAACUCCCUACUCAGCUGGUGGGACGUGCAGCUGGAUGCCCUCCUGCUGACGUCAAGCUGGGUGGUGGGCAUCCAUACCGCCCUCCUUCUCGUACUAAGCCUCCAGGUCCUGUUGGCCACGUGGGAGUUACGAAGGCAGAGGACAGGCUGGCCAACUUUCCAGCUGAGCAACGUCUUCACCCUGGGUGCUUUGAUGUUGACCACGAGACUGGUUCUGGCGUUGUACCAGGCUGCAAACUUCUUCCAAUCGUGGAUGAUGACAGGGGUUCACGAGGCUUCUGACUCCGAGUCUUGGUAUUCACCAGUGUUCAAAUAUCCUGAGCUCUACGUCUUCCUCUGCUCCACCGCGUGCGUCUACGGUGCUACAGUUGCCGUACAGGAUACUCUCUCGCAUUUUAUGGGUCCAGUACACAGCCAUCUGAUGGGUUUUACUGAUGUGAUAUCGGCCAUAUUCCACGGGUGUGUAGCUGUUGUCGCCUCGCCGCUCUUCGUGGAGGCCUUCGUUGGCUCUUACUUGGUGAGCCCGGUGAUCAUGAUCCUGGCCAUAGUGGUCUGUAAUGUGACCUUUGCACAAGCCAUCGUGUGCCUGGUUGUGCCAAAUGUGUUGUGGACGCCGCCGCUAGUGAUCAGGACGAUCGCCAGCCACUUGUCUUCGAUGGAUCUCUUCGAGGGUGUCGUGGAGGCGGACGAGACCCAAUCCUGUCAAUCGGCUACUGAGAAGAACCCUGGUUAUCCUAUAGCUAGGAUUGUGAACAUCCUCUUACUGGCAAGUGUCGACUGUCGUUUGUGUACAAAAUCCUCUCGUGGUGUCAACUCUUGA